AUGAUCAAUUUUAGGGUGCUUGCUACAGGAAUAUCGACUGUCGCGAAGUCGUUCGCCAAGCACACCGUGGUCCCAGACGUCAUCCCAGUGGUCCCGACUGCCCCAUGGAAGGGUGUAAGCUUUGAUAGAAGUACAUUUUCAAUAAUACUACAUUGCUUUCAUAUAAGGGUGCUUGCGAGAGGAAUGGCGACUGUCGCGAAGUCGUUUGCCGAGAACGCCGUGGUCUCGGACGUCGUGCCUGUGGCUCCGACCGCACUAUUGAAGGUGACCUAUCCAAGCGGAGUUGAAGUGAAGGAAGGCAAUGAGCUCACUCCGACACAAGUGAAGGACCAGCCCACUGUGUCGUGGGACGCGGAGCAGAAUGCCUUCUACACCGUCGCUAUGACUGAUCCCGAUGCGCCGUCCCGUAAGGAGCCUAAGUUCCGCGAAUGGCAUCACUGGCUGGUAGGCAACGUUCCUGGAUCAGAUGUUUCCAAGGGCGACGUCCUCUCCGCAUAUGUGGGCUCCGGACCACCACCAGGCACCGGCUUACACCGAUACGUCUUCCUUGUCUACAAGCAGCCGGACAAGAUUGCAUUCGACGAGAAGCGCCUGACUAACACUUCCGCUGACGGGCGCGGUGGUUUUUCGAUUGCCAAAUUUGCGGAAAAAUACAAUCUUGGCAACCCAGUCGCCGGCAACUUCUACCAGGCGGAGUAUGACGACUAUGUACCCUUGCUCUACAAGCAACUUGGCGAAUAA